CGGUAUCAUAUCGCACUGUGUUUUAAAUGACUCGCGCAGUGUAGUAAAAACAUAUAUAUCACUGAAAAAGAAGUAUUUCAGAGUUACUUAGAAGGCAUUCGAAGUUACAUAGUUAAUAGAUUUUGCAGAUACUUAUCAAUGAAAAAUUUGUGCACGUGGACAAAUAAAGAACAAGUGGGUUUUAUUGAAUUUUUUUCAAUUGGAUUACUUUUAAACGAAAACAACUUUGAAAUUGUGGAUUUAGUUGAUUUUUGUUCUAUUGUGGACUGAUUUUGACGAAAAUAAUUGACAGUAGAAAUGGCUUGCAUUAUCAACUUCCUGUCCUGGAGCCUCGUACUAAGUUUGGUGACCAGCAGAAAGAACUACAAUUAUCACACAUACAGUCCCUACUACCAAUACUCUAAACUGAGAAAUAUUCGGUCUAUACGUCAGAUAACAGACGACGCCAUGAUGGGUGACCAGCCUGAUUCUGGUCCAAACAUAUGUAAAAUAAAGGAAGUAUAUGGGACUGGAGAGAGAUUCUACCGAGGAUUUACAGACAAGAGACCAAAGAGAAUAUGUGAUCGGCCCACGUAGAUUUAUAAGAUAUACCUGUUGUUCUGGGUACAGUAGAGAGGAAACAGGCAAAGGAUGUCCUAUAACAAAACCGUUGACAAACAUAGUGGAAACAGCAGGUGACAAGCUUUUCCUGUCAAAGUUUGUAGCACUAUUAACUAAUACAGAACUAGAAGAGAGCUUGAAGUUUGACGGAGCCUUUACAGCUUUUAUUCCUGUUGAUGAAGGUUUUCUUAACAUUUCAUACGAUGAUCGAGAGAGGCUACAUCCAUGGACUUUCAAUGCCCCAUCAUUAGUUCAUUAUCAUGUGGUCAAAGGUCGUCACAGUUAUUCCAAGUUUAGAAAGAAUCAAGAGAUACCAACAUUAUAUUAUGGAACCAAAGAUGUCAGAAUUAAUAAAUAUGCUUAUGGGGUUGUUACAGUAAACUGUGCCAGGAUAAUAAUGCCUGACCAGCCUGCAUCUAAUGGUAUCAUACAUGUAAUUGAUAGGAUGAUAAAGCCAUUGGACUCUAUAGGCGACUUGGCAGAAAUAUUAUUAAAACAUGACAGAUUUACCAAGUUCUCCCAACUGUUGUACAAAGCUAACUUAGUCAAAAUGUUACAAGGAGACAGACAUUUCACCAUCUUUGCACCAAAUGAUGCAGCUUUUGAUAGAUUGCCUAAAAUUAUCAAAGAAAAGAUUUUAACAGAGAGAAAAGUAGCUGAAGCUAUAGCUAAAUACCAUAUUGUAAAAGGUGUCCACUGUGGAGCAAGUACGAUAAUGACAUGGGGAUUGAAUACGUUACAUAGUGGAUCACUUACUUUCCGCUGUAAAUACAAUGGAAAUUACGUCAACGAGGCCAAGCUUCUGACAGAGGAUAUAAUGGCGGGUAAUGGAGUAGUCCAUGUUAUUGAUAAAGUUUUAUUACCAGAUUCAGUAAAAAAUAUGCUGGAGAUUGCAGAAAUAUAUGAUACAAAGAUAUUUGUAGAAUUAGCAAGAAAUGCUGGAUUGAUAGACAAAAUACAGACGAAAAAAGAUGUAUCUAUAUUUAUGCCUAAUGAUGCUGCCUUUGAAGCCUUACCACCAGGAUAUAUGGCAUCAUUACGAGAACAGCCAGGGAUAGUUGAUCAGAUGAUAGAUUAUCAUACUGUUCUUGGUAGAUUCACAACAGAUAAAUUAAGAGGGAACCAGUUACUAGACACUGAACUAAAACCUACAAAACUUAAAGUCAGUGUAUUUAUAAAUGGUUUAACAAUAGAUGAUGCCCAUUUAAUAACACCAGAUAUAGAGAGCAGUAAUGGAGUUCUUCAUGUCAUAGACAAAGUUCUAGUUCCUCCUGGUUUAAAUAUGCUAGAGCUUCUUAAUGUGGACCAGGAACUUAGCAUAUUCAAAGAGUAUGUACAGAAAGCUGGACUAACAGAAAAGUUUACAGGAGAAGAACAGAUUACAGUUUUUGCUCCUUCAAAUGAAGCAUUUAAAAAAAUGAGUGAUUAUCAAAAGAAAUUCUUCUUAGAAUCUGAAAGAGGCAUUAAAAUGCUACUUGAAAGGCACAUGGUAAAUGGAAUUGUAGUUUCUAUAGGAAUGUCAAAAGAUGCCAUUUUUACAAUUCCAUCUAUCCAAUCAGAUAGUCUUAAUUUGACCUUUGACUCAGACGAAACAACUCUACGUAUCAACAAAUUAUCAGAAGGAGUAACUUUAGAUAUGUUAGCUACCAAUGGCAUAUUGAUUAAAAUUGAUCGAGUGCUUGUUUGUGAAAGUUGUAAACAGGUGGAUAUUAAAAAAGAGUAAUUGUAAAUUGUUUACUUGUAAUUGCUUCAAUUUGCUCUGACAUUAUAAUUUCUGUUGUAAGGAUUGAAUUAAUAAUUCACUGGACCAAACACAGAUAAUGUAAUUAUUCAAAUAUAGGUACAAUGCAGAUGCUACAUCUUUGUGUGUCCACACAUAAAUGUCCUUUCUCAAGAAUAGUUAAUGUGGAAGUAAUUUGGUGAAGGGAAAAACAUGAUUGAUUGUUGGCAUUUAUAUCAAUUUGAUUGGUUGAGGAAGCCACUUAGCUAGAGAAUCAGAGAAAGACCACAGACUUUCUGAAGGAAAAAAAAUGUUGAGGUUAAUGUCAAGACAACAAAGGUUAUUAUAAAAUAUCAUGAGAACGGAUAUCUAGAGGUCGACAUACAGUUUUUAACAAUAAAGUACAUGCCAUAGGCACUUUAUAGCUUGCUGUUUGGUGUGAGCCAAGGCUCCAUGUUGAAGGCCGUGCUUUGACCUAUAAUUAUUUACUUUUUACACAUUGGGACUUGGAUGGAGAGUUGUCUCAUUGGCGCUCAUACCACAUCUUCUUAUUUAUACUUACCAUUUAUUUUAAGCACUAAAUCAUCCAGUUCGGAGUCAAAAAGUGGAUUAUUUUUUUUUUUUGGAGACUAUCAAGGUUCUGUCAUCAAACUAUAACUCCCUAUAAAUGUCCACAGCCUUAAUCUUGUUUAAGUGUACUCAACCCUACACCUUGUUGUAUGAAUCAUUGUCCUAAGAUGAUGAUGGAUGGCUGUUUAACAUCAAGCGGCAAAUUAAAUGCAUAUUCAGGACGAGAACAUGUUAUUAAUGGAAUAUGAAUAUUUACCCUGCUUUGUACUAGACCAACACACUGAGCCAGAUUUUUAACGGGCUAGUUCACAAGGUAAGAGUCCGCAGGAAAACAUUUCACCCUACUCAGACACAUUAUUCUUACUCCCAGCCAUCCACUUUUUGUGUGAUUGAAGGAGAAGCAGCAAAUACCAAUUUAUAAGUCUUUGGUUGGACCUGCUGGGUUGGAACCCACAACUGCUCUCACUCAAAGCAAACACACUACCACCAAGACUGUCAUUGUCCUAAGAAUAAGGUACACUAAAAACCUUUUUAAACUGUACAUCUUUUUUUAAUAUGAAUGAAAGCAAAGGUACUAGUUACUUAAUUACAAUAUAUAAAGAACGCAGCCAGUACCUGAAAGCAUGCUCAAAGUAUUUAAUAGCUUAUCUAGAAAUCAUGCUUUCUUAUGUAAUUUUUUGUACUUUAAUAUCAGCUGCUGUACUUCAAAGAAGAUUUAGUUCCUUACACUUUCAAAACAUACUGUUGAAGGAUGGUAUAAAUGAGAUGGGAGAUACCAAUGAAACUUUAAAAACUGACAUUGUCAGAAAACAAAAACAAACAAAAGGGCAAACAAGAUAAAAAAAAAACAUGUCGGUUAGGAAUGAGCAACACCAACCUGCCAAAAAAAAUAGUGUGAUUUCAGGUGUUCCUAAAGGGUAAGCAGAUCCUACUUAACAGUACACACCAUGGAAAGAAUGUUUCAUGUAUGACCAUUCACAGUUUUUGAUUUCAUUUUUAUCCUGAGAAAAAGAUUAAUAUAAAAUUUUCUUACGAUUGUAGGCUUAUAUAUAAAGUUAAUACCAAAAAAAGGUCAAUAAGAUGUAGACUGCCAUACUCCCAUAAUGUACAUACUUUUGAGUCUGACUCAGACUCUAUCAUGAGUAUUGCAAUAUUUUGUAAUUUUUUUGCUGUAUAAUUUCCUGCGGCAGCUAUGUAUAGAUUUAAUUUGAUUAAACCCAGAAAUUCUUUUGCCAUUGUUUUUCUAAAAUAUCCCAAUAUUUUUCUUUGGACAAACAUAUAAACAGAGGCAAAUGAAAAUCCAGAUUUAAUCAAAUUGUAUAUAUAUUUUGAGUUUUAACUGUUGGUUAUGUCGCUUUGUUUAUAGGUCAUUAUAUAUCCCUAAUGUUACAAAUGAUUAGAUUUUGUAUACCACAUGAUGAAAGUGUUAUGAAAGUGCAAUAAUAUGUCAGAAAUAAAUACUUUUUUUACUUUUAA